CUGCGGUGUAAAUCGAUGCAGACCUAUGAUCAAGGAGAGAAGAUAGCCAGACUAAUAUUCAGCAGCCUCGGAACAUUCCUUCUCGGUUCUGUGUUUCUGGUCGGGACGAUUUUGGAGCUCACCGCCUGGCUUUCCCUCAUUGCCAAGAUGGCGGCGCCCGUGUUGAGAUGCUGCCUGAGGAGAGUUUUAGCGCAGAGGCCUGUAUUCUCUAGAAAUGAUCAGCAUUCUACAGUGCUCCCUUGCUUUGCAAAUUCACUUAUUUCACACAGACACUAUGCUGCAAAACCGGCAAAAAAGACAAAAAGUGAUCCUCAAAAGAAACCUCAGGAAACAGAGUCCAAGCAAAAAAAGAAACGAUUAAGCUUCCCUUUACUGAAGGAACCAACAGAUGAUGUUUAUUUGACAUGGUGUUAUGAGAGGCCAGUUUAUGAUGCAGAAGUGGCUGUAGAUAUGCUGAAGAAAUUUCAACAGUUGGACUUCACUUCUCCCAACCAGCCCGUACAUGCUGAUAUUACCCUGGACCUGGCAAUGGAUAAGAAGAAAACAGUGGAGCCGUUUGUCAAUACAGUUCUUCUGCCUUACCGUUUCACUGAGGAGAUCAACAAGGUUUUAGUAUUUACCGACAAAGCAGAAGAUGUUAAAACAGCAAGAGAAAAUGGAGCUGCAUUUGUAGGAGGGGCUGAAUUAAUCAAGCCGAUUUUUGAUGGUGAAAUCCAGGCGGAUUAUUAUGUUUCUGUGCCUACAAUAGCAUCUAAGAUCUUACCUCUGAGAGCCACCCUGAAGAAAAAAUUCCCAAGGACUAAAAAUGGGUCUAUUAGUUACGAUGUUGCUGAGAUGGUUGGUUUCUUCAAACUGUGCCAUGAAUAUUCACUACUAGAAAAUGAUGACUUUAUCCAUACUACAAUUGCAACGCUGGAUAUGCCUAAUGAACAGAUAGUUGCCAAUCUGGAUGCAGUUAUUAAGGACGUUUGUAAAUACAAACCUUUGAGCUAUGGUCCAUUUGUGACACGGCUGAUCAUUCGAAGCUCUAGCAGUGAAGGCUUAGAUUUAAAGUUUGAACGCUUCCUCCCUGAAGGAGUUGUGAAAGAAAAGGUGAAAAAGGUUGAAAAAGAAGAGGAAAAAGGAGAGGAAAAAGAAGAAGACAGUGAUGAUGAAGGAGAAGUGCAAAAGUCUAGAUAAUAAUCUGAGAUUUGCAGCAUUGUCUUUGUCUAUAUCUAAACAAUAGAAGAGCCAGUUUGUGACUUCUUACAUGAAUUACUUUAUUGGACUUGGAACCUUGCAAGAACUUGGAUUUGUCUUUUUUUCAGGCUAAGCAAUUUAUAAAAAGCAUACAGAACAUUUGAGUUUAAUACCCAGUCUUGAAACGCAACCCAUUCCGUUGUUUGAGGUAAUAUCGAGUUAGGAAAAUGAUCAGCACUGAAACACCUUUUUCAGUUCACUAGAAAGUGCUGUACUGCCCUCAAAUAUUUAAAAGCUAUUGCCGUGAAUGAAAUAUCUUAUGUUCAGUUAAUACCUGUGUAGCUUGGAAAAAACUCCAAAUUCCCUUGGCAACAGAAUGCAAAGACUCUUGUCUCCACUUUUUAUUGUUACUUUAAUAUCUCCAUUUGUUGAAUUGGUUUGACUCAUUCAAGAUUCUUCAUUUUAAAAGUGUAAUAUUGCGUGAAACAAGAUCAGCUGCCUCUAUGGCAGUUUGACGUGGGUUUUUUUUUUGCUUUUUUAAUUAAACACAUAUUAAUUAGA